ACACACACAGGCUAAUAGUGGCCCACAUAACAAACACGCUAACAGCUCUCUUACAUUUACAUUACCAUUUCCGUGGGAAUUCAACGGAAAACAAACAAACAAACAAACAAAGUGGGCUUGUAAUGGAGUCUCCUUUCAAGUCAGACAUACUAAAAGGGAAAGUAGCACUUUUGACCGGAGGCGGUUCUGGUAUCGGCCUUGAGAUCUCUACUCAAUUCGGCAAACAUGGUGCCUCCGUUGCCAUCAUGGGCCGCCGCAAGACCAUCCUCGACUCCGCCGUCUCCUACCUUCAAUCCCUUGGUAUUCCGGCAAUUGGCUUUGAGGGGGACGUGCGAAAGCAAGAAGAUGCAAAAAGAGUUGUAGAGUUAACUGUCAAGCAUUUUGGGAAGCUUGACAUUCUUGUUAAUGCUGCUGCUGGCAAUUUCCUUGUAUCUCCCGAGGAUUUGUCUCCAAAUGGCUUCAGGACAGUACUAGAUAUUGAUUCUGUUGGUACAUUCACCAUGUGCCAUGAAGCACUUAACUAUAUCAAGAAAGGAGGACGUGGGAGGAAUUCGACUUCAGGUGGAAUAAUACUGAACAUUAGUGCUACUUUGCAUUACACUGCAUCUUGGUAUCAAAUCCAUGUAGCUGCUGCCAAGGCUGCUGUUGAUGCAGUCACUAGAAAUUUGGCUCUAGAGUGGGGCACAGACUAUGAUAUUAGAGUCAACGGUAUUGCACCAGGCCCCAUAGGUGAUACUGCUGGUAUGCGUAAACUUGUACCGGACGAGAUAAACAAUAAGACCAGAGAAUACAUGCCUCUGUACAAACUCGGGGAGAAAUAUGAUAUUGCCAUGGCUGCUCUGUACCUUGCAUCAGAUGCUGGCAAAUAUAUCAAUGGAACCACCAUUAUUGUCGAUGGAGGACUCUGGCUGAGCAGACCUCGACAUCUACCUAAAGAUGCAGUUAAAGAGCUCUCUCGAACAGUUGAGAAAAGAUCAAGAAAUGCACCAGUAGGAGUUCCUUCCAGCAAGCUUUAAGUGUAUCAACUAUAUUUACAAGACAUUGUGGUUCAACAGCAUAUCGGGAGGAAUUAAAGUUUAGCUGCAGCAAGGAACUUGUUGAAAACCUUGACUACAUUAUUUCUGGCUAGCGUCCAUUGACAUAAAUUUAAGUAUAUAAACACAAUUGGAAGUGAGUUUAUUAGCAUGUUAAGCAACUUCCUCAGCAGCUUAAGUUAGUACUGUCUUUCUCGUGAAAAAAACAGUCAGUACUAUCUUUUUGUUUUGUUUAUCGUGCACUAGUAAAUAAAGACAGGUAGCCAACCAGUGCGUGUACAUUUUUUAAGAACAAAAGAUUUCCAGCAGGUGUUUCAAUUUAUGUCCCAAAGCAUGAGCUAUUUGAUUU